AUGACUAUUCAAGCGACUUGGAUACCUAUAGCGACAACAUAUCCGUCCGAAUGUGGAUCAGACAAUAGUGAUUAUGGCUCUGAUUAUGAGUCAGAUACCGAGACCAGUACUAUUAAGUCUCUAAUAUCCCAACCCCCUAAAGUAGAAGAACAAAUAUCUAAUACGACAUAUUCCACAGAACAAGUGACCCCCACAUAUUCUAAAAGGCAAGAAAGAUUCGAUGAUAAAUUUACACAAAAAGAUGUGAUGAAUAAAAUCCGUAAAAUCGUUUCUUCACCUACCAGAGAUAUGUCGAACAAUAAAGGAUCAUUAGAAGAUAUACAUUUAUGGGAUUAUCUCUUACCUAAUUAUGGAGCAAAAGAAGGAAUUAGUCUGCUCGAUGCAUAUACACGGGAGGAGUUGGCAAAUAAAUUAGUUAUACAGGUAGAACAGGGUGACUACAAAAAAUUCUCAGUUGUAGAUGAUAUCUCAGAAGUGUAUGGGAUUUCUGGAAUCCAUGAAUGCGUUAAUGGCCAAAACCCGUUAAGACCAGUAAUCGAUAUUGACGCAUCUAAAGAAAGAAUGGAAGCUGAAAACUUGGGAAGAAAUUAUUAA